CGAGGCGGUCGUCCGUCGCACACGAGCCAGUCAUCCGCAGAAGACCGACAGCAGCGUGUGUGGGUCUUCAAUCAUCCGAAUCCGAAUUCGAAUCCGACUCCGGCUUCGAUUCCGAGAGCGAUUGAUCAGCCGGCGGGCUUACCUAUAACCGAUAACGUAAAUUUGAAUUUUUCGAAGGCGUUUGUCACGCCGCUAAAAAUAUUUGCACGGGGAAAGUGAAUCAGUUUCUGCAGCUGCAACUGCAGCAGUACUUUCAAAGUGCACCUCCACGGAGCGACAGAUUAAACAGUGUGUCCCACUCGAGUGUCGUGAACAACAACAACCGCAAAAGCAACAAUAAUAGUGGUAGCAAUAAAUAUAAUAAGGGCUUUUUGUGUCAAUAAAACAAUGCCAAGUGUUUUGAUAUGAAAGCGGAGGACUGCGCAGGAAAGCGAUUGCAUUAACCGACCGAGCGAGCAGCAAAGCCAUCAGACAGCAAUUCGAUACAAUGACAGCAGUUGGGCCGUACCUCCGCUUCCAUCUCCAUCUCCAGUGCGAGUGCCAACGCCAGUGACCAGCUCCAAGGAUAUGCGAAGGGUGUGCGUGCCCCGACCGCCGAGUAGGGCUUAGUUGGGCAGGCCCAGAACAGGACAGCAGCCGGAGAUAGCUCCUCUGCGGACGCAACCGGCCGAUCCAUGGCUGUCAACUUGCAGUUGAAUAAUUUAAGCGUCAUUUAUCCAUCGCUCAUGUAUGUGGCCGCCUCCUCCCUCGCCGCAGGCGGCCGGGGACUGGGACUGGCAGGAUCGGGGCUGCCGGAGAACAUAUCCAUCGUUUACGAGGACCUGCUGAGUGCGGCGAAUGGAACGGGAGGGGGAGCUCCAGCGACAGCUGGAACGAGAGCUGGAGCAGGAGGCGCGACGGGAUUGAAUGUCGUUCUGCCGCAGGGUGGGCCAAAUGAGACCGCUGGCGGCGCCGCAUCGGAUGCAGUGGAUGCUCUGACAGAGGCCGGUCCCACCGCUGCCGUAACCACAUUUAAUUAUUACAACGAGUCCGCGGCGGCAGCGGAGUGGGAGCACUUCUACGACUUGGUGCUCUCCUGGCAGGGCAUCUGCCUGAUUGCCGUCUUCGCCACCUUUAUCGUGGUGACCGUCAUCGGCAACACCCUGGUAAUUCUGGCCAUCCUGACCACGCGUCGCCUGCGCACCAUCACCAACUGCUUUGUGAUGAGCCUGGCGGUUGCCGACCUGCUCGUGGGCAUAUUCGUAAUGCCACCCGCCGUCGCAGUUCAUCUCAUAGGCUCGUGGCAACUCGGCUGGGUGCUCUGCGACAUUUGGAUCUCCCUCGACGUGCUCCUCUGCACGGCCUCCAUUCUCAGCCUGUGCGCCAUCAGCGUGGACAGGUACUUGGCCGUGACCAGGCCGCUCACGUACUCCCGUAAACGGCGCUCGAAACGUUUGGCCCUAAUCAUGAUCCUAAUCGUCUGGCUCCUUGCCCUGGCCAUCACCUGUCCCCCCAUCCUGGGCUGGUACGAGCCGGGACGCAGGGACCUGCGGGAGUGUCGCUACAACCAAAACGAGGGCUACGUCAUCUUCUCGGCCAUGGGCUCCUUCUUCAUACCAAUGGCAGUCAUGAUUUAUGUGUAUGCAAGAAUUUCCUGUGUCAUUGCAUCCAGGCACGACAAUAUGACCGACAUAAGUGUUCACAACAAGAAAUUCAAGCGCUACACGGCAGCGGACGUGGAGAACGAGCUGUCGGAGCAGGAGCAGCACAGCUCAGUGGGCCAGCGGCAGCGGCAGGCCACAUCGCGCACCUUCUCCAACCAGACGAUAGCCAAGGAGCUGCACGAAAUGAUGCUGAGCGACAGCGACAACUGUGCUGCUCCUCCUGUUGCUGGCGGCGGACCUUCAGGCGGAGGCGGCACUGCAGGGACUACAGGCUCCUCCGCAGGCGCCCACUGUCAAUCGCUGCUGGCACUGCCCUCCGGCGGAGCAGGGGGCGGCGGCAAGAACGGGUGUUACGAGCUCACGCGACCUUCAUCGCUGAAACGCACGUCCACGGCCUCGACGACCAUUACCACAAUGACAAGUGGAAUCGGGCCGGGCAGCAGUCUCCUAGAUGCCCAGUGGCAGGCCCAGUCAGCAGGCCAGGCGCCCCGGCCCCACAGCUUCCGGCACUCGCGUGGCCAUCACCAUCAUCCGCACUAUCAUCUCCAAAGCGGAGUGACCGCAACAUCGGCGAGUGGCGGUGGGGCAGGAGCUGGUGCCAACACCACCACCAGCAAGUCGCUGUCCAACCGGAUUACGUCGCUGAAGAAGGAGAAUAAGACGACGCAGACACUGAGCAUUGUGGUGGGCGGCUUCAUCGCCUGCUGGCUGCCCUUCUUCGUCAACUAUCUGAUCACCCCCUUUCUGGCCGAGCACCAGGCCAGCCACAUGCUGGCCAAGGCGCUCACAUGGCUGGGAUGGUUCAACAGCGCCAUCAAUCCGUUCAUCUACGCCUUCUACAGUGUGGACUUCCGUGCGGCCUUCUGGCGCCUCACCUGCAAGCGUUUCUUCAGCGCCGGCCAGAAGCCGCAGUUCCCCACGAACACGAUGUCCAUCAGGCGAUAAAGGAGCAGGGAGCACGGUGGGAGAGGCCUCAACCCGUCAAGCCCUGAACAAAUGGCCAGCGCCUAACAUAUUAUUAACAUAUUCAUUAACUCUAGGUGUGGUCCGUAAUUGCACCACAAGUCAGUCACCUGACCCUACCACCACCUCACCUAAUCCACUGGCCAUGUGUGUAAUUGUUCUCUAGUUACUCCAGUAAUUUAUUUAAUCGUCAGGGUUUGCUUCCAAUUCUGGAUCAUUUUGCCGUUUAAGGGAGACGACCAUCGCCCACUGGCAUUUCCACUGGUUACGUUUGACCUUCUAAAAGUAGAAAGACAGUAGAGCUUCUCCUUAACUUAUAAUUUAAAGUAAACAGUAAAGUUUUGUUUGAAUAGUACUUAAGGCAGAGUAUUCCCUAAUGUUUGUUUUUAUUAUUAAAAUAGUUCAGAUCUAGUCAGCUGAAAGUUUAUAAACAAGUCAAGGAUGUCGCUAUCUAAGAACUUUUUAAGUCCUUUUUAGGGAAGCCCGACUGUUUAAAUGUAUAUGCUACUGCACUACGAUUCCAAGGUAUUUCUGCAGCCAGAAUUUUGCAUGCGGAACCUGAGCUCAAUGUGGAAAAUCUGAUAUGCGGCAGCACGUAUCGAUUUAGUAAUUUCCGCGAGACUUUUCCGCUCGGCAGGCGGCGCCUCUCAACUUGCAACAUUCGUUGCCUUAGUCCUCGCAAAAGGCAAAAUGUGGCUCAGACAGAGCCCGGCCAAGCCAACGGCAUAGACAGUUUAGAUGGAUGAGAAAACUUGUUUAUAUGGCUCACCGAAAUUGCGCACAUUUCUCAUACUCUAAUAUUCAGUGGCGUGCUGGGUCACCUUUUCCGCAAAAAAUGUGACCCCCCCAAAAAAAAAAGCAACCUGCUUGCCUGCGAAUCGUGAAUUCCCUUUUUGCCAACUUUACGAGGCAACUAACUAACUCGUCCUAUCGAUUGCAGUAUAUAUCAUAGGUGAUAUCAAGAAGCCAUAAAUUCAAGAGAUACGAGUUGAUUGAGUUAAAACUUUUGGCAAAGGACUUAGCUAAAUCAGUGGAAACCACUGGGCGGAUUAGGUCGGGCAUUAGCUUUUAGCUUUAUCGGAAUGCCAGUUAAAAAAAAAAAAAACAGUUACUGUGAUUUAGUUAAUAGUAGAAGUCAUCCGAGGCUUCUUAAAGAGUUUUCCCUUAGCCUUAACAGCGUGUCAGAGUGUAGAGUGUAGAGUGUGUGUGUGUGAAUGGGUUGAAAAUACCAAAUAAUUUUAGGCAUAAUUUAUUCAUGCCAUCGGCAGCUUAGCUAACCCCAGGACCUAGAGCAGCAGUAGGGCAAGCAAUCUACUUUUAACUCCAUCCCUUCCAGCUCCAUUUCGAAAUCCAUCCCCUCCACAUUUGGCGACGGUGUGAAGUCAUAAACGCAAUCAAGCAAUGCUACGACAUAGAGAUUAAGUCAGACGAACGCUCAUCAGCAUACGUACACGUUCCGUACUGUACUCUACUCAUCCUCAUCCUCCCUGCCCUGCCAUCUCAUCUCAUAGCCCGUCAGUUCGUUCAAUCCUUCUGAAUUUCAGCUCACAUGUCAGGCCUAACAAGUCAAACAGAUGCUCCGGGUGAGAGAGUUUCCGACCCGUCGAAAGCAAACACACAGCGGAUGGAGCUCGUCGUUGCCCAUCUAUCAUCUCGCAAAGCGAGAGAAUCUCUCAGCCUCAGUCUCUGUCUCUGUCUCAGACUCAUCGGCAUGAGCUUUUGGCUUGUAAUAUCAUAUACAUAAUCCGCAUAAUCUGCAUAUAUAUUAAUAGUUAUGUAUGUACGAACAGCAUUUUUUGGAACCGAACAAAUAAAUAGACAAAUCGAAAAGACAAA